GUCCUUCAUCUCCUUCCUCUUCAUCCAUUUCUCUGUUCACUUCUCUAGUUUCGCUUCAUCGUCUUCGAAUUAAUUCGUAUAAAACUUUACAGUCGAAUCAUGGAAGGCGGACCGAAUACCACUGACAAAGGUUUCUUCUCCGACAUGAUGCGUUACGGUAGGUAUCGGCCUCCACCGCCGCCACCGCCGCCAUACUACUCCUCUGCUUCCGGAGCUUAUCCGCCCUAUGGCUACUACCCUCCUCACCCUGCGCCGUCUUACGGAUAUGGUGGUUCCUCUUCUAUCGGAUCAAUGGCUGCUGGGGGAGCGGUGGCGGCUGCUGCUGCUUACGGAGUUCAUCACCUUCUCUCCCACGACCACCAUCAUCAUCAUGGAAGUCAUCAUCAUCAUCAUGGAAGUCACCACCACCACCACCACCAUCCAGGGCACGGCAUGUUCCACAGCCACCACCAUGGCAUGUUGCAUCACCACCACGGCCACGGCCACGGCCACGGUUAAAGUUCCAAGCAUUGGCACGGCAUGUUUCCAUAGUAUAUGUGAAUUGCUUCGUCUCUUUUGUUUGCAUGUACUGAUCUGUUCAUGGUUCUAUUGCGUGAUAUGAAACAAAAUAACUGCUGCAUUCAAAUUAA